AUGGCAACCAAAGGGAACGGCCUGGGUCAGGCCUUCGCGCCUGUCCUAGCGGCUGUCGCGACAAUGCAAGGAAACGCACCACGAGCUGAGAAGGCGCACGCUCACGAGUUCCUGGAGAAGUUUCAGAAAUCAGUACAGUCUCCACGCCACUCGGCCUAUGUCCAACUCCUGUGGCCUCGUCUGACGCAGCUACUUUUGGAAGCAAAGCUGUUUGCUGCGACGACGCUGAAGGGAAAGAUCACCUAUGAUCUCGACCAACUACCCGCCGAUUCUCUCCCGGAGUUGCGCGAUUCCAUACUCAACCUGCUCACGGUUUACGCGUCUGGACCGCGACCGAUACAAACGCAGCUUUGCGUAUGCUUGGCGAAUCUGGCCAUACAGAUGACCACGUGGAAAGACGUAUUGGGAACAGUGGGGUCAACAUUGGGAAGUACUGCUGGAGAUUGCGUUCUGGAGUUCCUUAAGAUCCUUCCCGAAGAAGUGACUGAAGGGCGCAAAAUCAACCUGAGUGAAGAGGAUCUUGCAACGAGAACCAGGGAACUGCUGGACGAUAAUGCGGAACAGGUCUUGCGUCUGCUUACGCAGUAUGCUCAGUCUUCUGCGUCUGCGGCGACGAAUCCUCGACUCAUCGAUUGCAUUACCUCCUGGCUACGUGAGAUCCCAGCGUCGCAAAUCGUUGAGUCCCCGUUGAUGAAUGUCAUUCUGAAGGCGCUGGACGAUGACUCAUCUUUCGACUCUGCCGUCGAUUGCAUGUGCGCAAUCUACAGAGACACUCGCGAGGUUGAUGACUGCCUGCCUACCAUUCAGAAUCUGUAUCCUCGUCUGGUAGCUCUUAGGCCAAAACUUCGCGAGGCGGCGGAAGCUGAGGAUGUGGAGACAUUCAAAGGCUUGACCAGGCUCUUCGCCGAAGCCGGCGAGGCUUGGGUAGUCUUGGUUGCACGGCUUCCUUCAGAUUUCCGCGGUCUCGUAGAGACAGUCUUGGAGUGCUGCGCUCGAGACCGCGAGCGAGAGGCGAUAUCUUACACCUUCAACUUCUGGUAUGAACUGAAGCAAUAUAUUACCCUGGAGCGAUAUGCAGAGGCACGGGCAAAAUUUGCGGACGUGUACUCUCAGCUCGUUGAUGUCAUGAUUAAGCAUCUCGAAUUUCCAACUCCCGAGGGAAAUGAAACGGAUCUUUUUGACGGCGACCGAGAACAGGAGGACAGGUUCCGCUCGUUUCGACACUCCAUGGGCGAUGUGCUUAAAGACUGCUGUGCAGUGAUCGGAGUUACGGAAUGCUUAAUGAAGGCGUACCGUUUGGUGCAACAGUGGGUGUCCAAGUACGCGGCUCAGGCGAGCAAUGAACACGUCCCACACUGGCAAGAACUUGAAGCUCCUCUGUUCAGCAUGAGAGCGAUGGGGAGGAUGGUUGAGCCAGAAGAAAGCACAGUUCUACCCCAGGUCAUACCCCUAAUUGUCCAGAUUCCGGACCAAGAGAAGGUUCGUUUCUCGGCUAUAAUGGCUCUUGGGCGUUACACGGAGUGGACAGCCCAACAUCCAGAAACCUUAGAGGCACAGUUGAACUACGUGAUCUCUGGUUUCCAGCACCGCUCUCAAGAAGUUGUUGGGGCUGCUGCUCUCGCGUUCAAAUAUCUAGGAACCGAUUGUGCGAAAUUGUUGGGAGGACACAUCCCACAGCUGCACUCGUUCUACGAGUCCGUCAUUGACAAACUGAAGCCGCAGAGCCAAGAGGAGGUAACGGAAGGAGUUGCUGCUGUGGUGGCAGUCCAGCCGCUUGACAAAAUUUAUGAAUCUAUGAAGCUUUUCUGUGACCCUCUCAUGGCGCGAAUCAUGAAUCUGGCAAACAACGCCAAAGAUGAACAAGGCCAGAGGGCUGUUGCCGAUCACUUGCAAUUGAUCACCAUCUUUGUUCAAGUUGUCGCACCAUACGUGGGACCGGGACAGGAGAACCCUGCUGUCAAAUAUUGUGGGGAAAUACUUCCUAUCAUGAGUACCCUCGUCAUGAACUUUACGACUUCUACACCCAUCCUGGAGCGUGUGUGCCGGUGUUGGCGGUACAUGGUGAUCUCGUAUCGAACGGCCAUGAUUCCCUUGUUGCCCAGCUUGGCGCAGACCUUGGCAGCUGGCUUCGAAGCCUCCAAAGAAGGUUGCUUCUUGUGGGCCACGGACGCCGUCGUCCGAGAAUUUUCUGAAGGCGCAGAAAGCGUGGACCGCGCCACCAGCGACGCCGUCUAUCAUUUCUUUGAGCAGCAGACUGUCGUAUUUUUGCGCAUCUUGAACGAUCUACCCCCCGAACAGCUUCCAGACCUGAUCGAAGAUUUCUUCCGCCUAGCGAGUGACGCGGUCCGCUACUAUCCUAAGCAAUGCAUUACCUCUUCACUUGCAGUGCCGAUCUUCUCUGCAGGUCUCAGUGCUCUCACUCUACAGCAGGUCGAUCCGCUCAUCGCCACUUUGCAUUAUUACCGUGACCUAUUGAGUUUUGGCUUUGAUACCCCGCCUGUAUCGGAUUUCACCGGACCUGAUGGACAGCCCUAUACCAAUCCUCCCGAAGUACGGACGGCGGUGAAACAAUUGCUUGGUGCUCAAGGUCAACUGCUGGUUCAACGGGUCUUGACAGGGAUGAUGUUCAGUUUCCCUGGAGACUGUUUCCCUGACGCAUCCGGCGCUCUCAUGACGUUGUUUGAGUUAAUGCCACAGGAAGCCGGAGCAUGGGUGCAGUCCACCAUUCAGAUGCUUCCUGCCGGGACCAUGAAGCCCGGGGAGGCUGAGAGAUUGAUGAAGAACAUCUCAGACAAAGUUCAAUCUGGCGAGACACGCAAGAUUCGAGCACUCUUACAAGGUUCGCAAGGCUCUAUUUCUUGA